UGGUAUAUAGAUAAUUCGUUCUACAACUCUUGUAAUUUCACACUAAUAUAUCUGGAUACGUUAUUAAAAUGAACAGAGUGUCGGGGAAGUCCCGUGAUGAGACGCUUAUUGAAAUGGACCGGACUGCUUGGUCCAACGGCGAGGAAAACAAUGGGUUCCACUCCAGUUCUCUUGUGGAUAAGGAAUCUUUUCAUCUUGAAAACGCUGUGGUGGACAAGCAGCUUCAGAGCAAGGACUCUGUGUACUUCAGAGAUGGUGUACGGCGGAUAGAUUUUGUUCUGUCGUACAUCGACGAUAAAGAUGGAGAGAAGAAACAGGAUCGGAGGAAGGAAUUUGAAGCUAAUUUACAGAAAGCAGGACUUGAGCUGGAGACCGAGGACAAAUCUGAGUCGGAAGAUGGGAGAACAUUCUUCCUGAAGGUCCACCUCCCAUGGGAGGUGUUGGCAACAUAUGCAGACGUUCUGAAAAUCAAAGUGCCUUUUAAAGCCAAUGAUAUACUUGAUAAGAAAGAGGUGCCCUGCAGCUGGCUCUUUACACCCAUCCGACUGCCAGAGCAUGUGAUGCACCCUGAGCCAGAUUACUUCACCUCCACAUUUGAAAAGAGCAAGACCGACUUCUUCCUCAUCGAGGAUAAAGACACCUUCUUCCCUCCAUCCACACGCAAUAGGAUCGUUUAUUACAUUCUCUCCAGAUGUCCAUACAGUAAAGAAGACAAGGACAAGAAGGGCAUUAAGAGACUGCUAAAUAACGGAACCUAUACAGCGGCCUUCCCCCUGCAUGAUUGCAGGUACUGGACCAGGUCUCGUGAUCCGAACUGUGAGAGUGAGCGUUAUUCUCUGUACAAAAACUGGGCUCGCUUCAGUCGCUGCUAUAAAGAACAGCCGCUCAACCUUAUACGGAAAUACUAUGGAGAGAAGAUCAGCAUCUACUUUGCCUGGCUCGGUUAUUACACAGAGAUGCUGUUCUAUGCUGCAGUUGUCGGUUUGCUCUGUUUCAUCUAUGGUUUGGCCACCUUUGAUGAAAACGUCUGGAGUAAAGAGAUCUGUAAUGACUCCAUCGGUGGGCAGAUCAUCAUGUGUCCUCUCUGUGAUAAGAAAUGUGGCUACUGGAAACUCAACUCAACGUGUAGCUCCUCAUGGCAAUCUUAUCUGUUUGACAACACAGCUACUGUAUUCUUUGCGAUAUUCAUGGGAAUAUGGGUGACUCUGUUCUUGGAGUUCUGGAAACGUCGUCAGGCACGGCUGGAGUAUGAGUGGGAUCUGAUGGAUUUUGAGGAAGAACAGCAGCAGCUGCAGCUCAGACCCGAAUAUGAGACCAAGUGCACGAGCCGACGCCUCAACCGCGUCACACAAGAGAUGGAGCCUUACUUACCUGCAACUAGCAAGUGUGCUCGCUCAUUACUGUCUGGGGCCACAGUACUCUUCUGGAUAUCUCUGAUUAUUGCCAGUAUAAUCGGGGUGAUAGCGUAUCGUCUGGCAGUAUUCGCAGCGUUUGCCAGCAUCAUGAAGGACAGUCCCACCAAUAAACUGGACGUGGUGGGAUCACUGAUCACUCCUCAGCUUGCCACAUCUGUAACUGCUUCCUGCAUUAACUUUGUCAUAAUAAUGGUUCUGAACUACCUGUAUGAGCGCGUGGCCAUCUGGAUCACUGAUAUGGAGGUUCCCAAAACAUACGUGGAGUAUGAGAACAUGCUCACAAUGAAGAUGUUCCUCUUCCAAUUUGUCAACUACUAUUCGUCCUGCUUCUACGUCGCCUUCUUCAAGGGAAAAUUUGUGGGUUACCCAGGAAACUAUGGAUACAUGUUCAACAAAUGGAGUGGAUUGAGAAAUGAAGAGUGUGAGCCGGGUGGUUGUCUGAUCGAGUUAACCACUCAGUUAGUGAUCGUGAUGGUCGGUAAACAGGUGUGGGGGAACAUACAGGAAGCUCUUGUACCCUGGUUGUGUAACUGGUGGGUGAGCCGGAAUGCUCGGAAUCAUCCGGAGAGUCUGUACAGCCGCUGGGAGCAGGAUCACGACCUGCAGGAUUUCAGUCAGCUUGGCCUCUUCUACGAGUAUCUGGAGAUGGUGGUUCAGUUUGGUUUCAUCACUCUGUUCGUGGCCUCUUUUCCUCUGGCUCCUGUACUGGCUCUGAUCAAUAACAUUGUUGAAGUUCGAGUGGACGCCUGGAAGUUGACAACUCAGUUCCGCCGUCCAGUGGCAUCUAAAGCUCACAGCAUCGGUGCAUGGGAGGAGAUCCUAAACAUGAUCGCUGUUCUCUCAGUGGUCACCAAUGCCUUCAUAGUGUCAUUUACAUCAGACAUGAUUCCCCGGCUGGUGUAUCUGUACGCGUAUCACCCUGGUACAGAGAUCACUAUGCAAGGAUACAUCAACAACAGCCUGUCUGUCUUCAACAUCUCUGAGAUCCCACCAGAAAACCGUCCGGAGGAUGACGAGAACCCGGACUGGUUCAACAGCACCACAAUGACCACCUGCAGGUACCGUGAUUACCGCUACCCAUCCGGACAUGAGAAACAGUACAGCCAUACGAUGCAGUUCUGGCACAUUCUCGCAGCCAAAAUGGCAUUUAUCAUCAUCAUGGAGCAUGUGGUGUUUGUGGUGAAGUUUGUUGUGGCGUGGUUGAUCCCGGACGUGCCAUCAGAUGUGAAAGCGCGUAUAAAGCGUGAGCGUUACCUGAUCCAGGAAUACCUGCACGACUAUGAGCUGGAGAAACUCAAGAUCCAGCUGAUCCAGAAUGGCCAGAACAGUGAAGAAAUAAACAACUGCACGUGUCCGACAACAGCCGCCUCACCUAUGAAAAUUGAGGUGUUAUCAGACUGUCUGGCCUAACACAAGCCCAGACAGAUCUCACUGAACCACUACAUCAUCAGCUGAAAACCAAUGAGAAGCUCUCACUCAGUUCAUUAUAGUGAUGAAACAGAUUUUUUGCAAUAUAGUUAGAAGAAUUUUUGGUGAAAAUGUGCUUAAUUAUCAUGUAAAUAAUGUUGCAUUGUAAACAAUCUUAAAGAAAAGGACCUAUUUUCAAGAUUUUUUUGCAUUGUUUGUGGCAUUAUUUUCAUGAAAAUGUAUCAUUUUCUCAUCAACAAUUCACAAUACUGUAGCGCAAAGAAUAUCAUUCUCAUUAAUGUAAUGAAAAAAAUGCUUGAUAAAAAUGGUGACAUCUAUAUUCUGGAACAUAUGUAAAAAAAAAUCACACAAGUACGUUAACAUUUUAAUAAUUUAUUUUUCAUUAAAAUAAUGUGAAUGAGAUUUUUUGCAUUGAGAUAUUGUGACUUUUCUAUGAGAAUAUUCUCAAUUAUCAUGAAAAUAAUGUCACAAUGCCAAACAUCUUAACGGUAAUCAUUUUGUGACAUUCCUCUGUUUCUCAGACUCCUCAUUUUCACCAUGUGACACCCAAGUGUAAGUUCUCAUACAGGGGACGCCUCUCAGACACAAGUCUUCCAAGAAAAAUGAAGUUCCAAUCUUCCUCAAAUGUAUUUAUGUGCAGUAGACCAAUCUAAAGCUGCACAAGUUGAGCUGUAACUCAUUUGCUGUCUUUGCAGAACGACACUUUCUCCUGUCAAAAAACACUCUCAAGUCGUCUCACUCUCUCUUAUAUUCAUUGUCUCUGUCUACUGUAAGACACUACAAACACUACAGGCUGUUCACAUUCUCUGAAAACACUGUGUCAGGGUCAGACUGCUAAAGAGUCUCGUGAAAAUAAUUGUGGUUAAGUUGUAUACAUAUUAAGUUUAAUUUUAGAAUAUUUAAGAGUUUUUUCCCCAUUGUGACAUUAUGUUCAUGACAAAGCACAUUUCUCCCUAAAUAUUUGUUUUUAAUUUAUACAAAUUGGAGAGAAAUGUGCUUAAUUGUCAUUAAAAGACACUGUAUUCUUUAUCCAAAAAUACAGUGACAAUAUUUUCUUUUUUUUUUCUUUUUUAUGUAUUCAUUUAUGUGUUCAGAAUACAAGUGUUCAAAAGCUAUUAAAACUGUUCUGUUCAAAAUGCCUUUAAGUAACCAAAGAUUAUAUGACUUAAAACCAUAGUCAUCUGCAUGAAUGUUUUACAAUAUAUAGUUUAAGAAUGAGACAUUACUAUGCAGCUAAAGUUUAAAUCAAGUACUUCCAUACAAUAAAAUUAAUAAUAUAUAGAUGGCAUUUUCAGGAACAUCUGUUUUAUUUGAGUUGUCACAAAGUACUAUUAGUACAUUUUACAUUUAGCACAUUGUUUUUAAUAUUUAAAUUAAACAUUUAAAAUCAUUUAAGACUAGAUCUGGCACUAAAUUUAUUACGCAGUAUUACUUUCACAGCUUGAUGCGUCACUUAUACCGAUUCUUUGAGCAUGUCUUAUAAUAAUUUUUUUUUAUUUUAUUUUUUUUUUAAGUUUGCUGGAAAGUUAAUGGAAAAUGAAAGAGUAAAGAGUGUCUUUGCCAAAAAGAGUAGAUACAUAUUUACAUAUGCACACUACACUUAUGAUCACUAUUUAUGAUUUUCAAAUGUGUUCACAGUUUAAGACAAUCUGCACUUUAAACCUUAAAAAAAUAUCUGCAGGAAACAAACUCUUAAAGCCAAAUUUCUUCCUGAGAUAUGAACGGCAAAGUGAGAAAUUGAGCUCAUAUCUUUUCCAUGUUCCAUUGUUUGUCUAAAUAUGCAGUCCAGGAUGAGUGUUCACUUAAACUCCAUUUUCAAUGCAUGUGUUGUGUUGUCUUGGUCAGAGAAGGACAAAGUCACUGUGACUUUGAUUUUAUGUUUUGCACAAAGCACUUAUUGAAGGAGUCAUUUGUGUCCUUAUAAUCUCAGUGUUUUGGAAGCAAGACGUGUGAGUCCACAUUAUUUGGAAAUAAUACAUAGAUGCUGACACAAAGCUUGUGGAACAUUUUUGCCAUGAAAGCUUAAAAUAAAUUAAAAAUGAAUGAGGACCAGUUAGGAUUAGUUGAACACAUAUAUGAUGAGGAUGAAGGAAAAUCUGAGCGUAUGUAUUUUGCUGUUAUUUGUGACUUGAAUAUUUCUUUUGGAAAUCAUGAUAUUUUGUAUGUAAAUGGUUGUUGUUUUUCUCAGUCACUGGUUCUGAUAUGAAGUAAAUCACUAUUUAAUCAUUUAAAGAACUGUUAUUCAUGAAAAUGCAUACUGUCUGAAUAUUUCACUGGUCAUAUGUAGCUGGGAAUCUGCUGUGCAGAAAGUUGAACAAGUUGUCUGUAAACACAGUGUCUGAUAUUUUAUGUAGAUGUUGAAGUUCUUGAAUAGUUUUUGAUCUUAAAACCUUUUAUGCCUUAUUUAAAUCCUUCUCUUUUUUUAUUAACUUUAUAAUUAUGCUUGUUAGUAUUUGUCUUUUGUUUUCUUUAUGAUCAUUAUUUCUACUUGAUUUCAUGGCUUUUUAUCCUGGUUUUUUAGCAUGCUUAUCUUGGACCUGCAUAUGAAUUGUCAUCACAUU